UAUAUCGAAGUACCGAAUCAAGGCAUCUGUCAACAACAAAAUUUAGAUAAAUAUGUGAAACAAAAAACCUUAUAAAUAAUUCUCACAUAAAUGCUUCGUUUUUAAAUCUUUCGCAUGGAUUGUUUUUUAGCAAGAUGAUAGGCGAAAUUUCUAAAUUUCUCUUGCCCUUCAAAUGCCAUCGCUGCCAUUUGAGGCGCCGCCAAGAAGGCAAGCCACCUUUCACUUCAUCGCUGGCGGCACCGCUGGCUUCCUAGAGAUAAUCUCUUUCCAUCCUCUGAACGUGGUCAAAAACCGAAUGCAAUUGCAGGGAGACAAGCCGUUCCAAGGUGAGCUAACCUACCAUGGGUCGCUCGAUGCCAUGGCCAAGAUGUAUCGAUAUGAGGGGCUGAGCGCCUUUUGGAAGGGAGUCGUGCCGCCGUUAUGUGUGGAAACACCGAAGAGGGGUCUAAAGUUCCUGGCCUACGAGGCGAUGACGCGGCACCUCAAGUUUGGAAGCCCGACACCGACACCACUGAUAUAUGCAAUGACCGGAGCAUUUGUUGGAGCCCUGGAAUCGAUCCUCACGAAUCCUUUUGAAGUGGUUAAGAUCACGCAACAGGCACAUCGACAACAGCACCUGGAUUCCAUGAGGGUGGUAAAAUACAUAAUCCGCAAGCAGGGCUUUGGCUCAGAAGGUCUAUAUCGCGGCCUCUAUGCCCUCAUGGCACGCAAUGCCAUAUUCAACUUCGGCUAUUUCGGCAUUUACAAUAGUGUCACUCAUAGUUGCAACAUGUCUGAGAAUCCUUUCGAGAAGUUCUUUUUAAAGUGCUUUCUUGGAAUGUUUGCCAGCGGCGUUGGCUGCUUUCUAAGCAUCCCUUUCGAUGUGGCCAAGUCCCGGAUCCAGGGUCCGCAGCCGGUCAAGGGAGAGAUCAAGUACCGGUGGACCAUUGAAACUCUAAAAACAACGGUUCGGGAGGAGGGCUUCCGGGCGCUGCUCAAAGGUCUAGCUCCAUCAUUGCUGCGGUCUGUUCCAGGCGGGGCCCUCCUAAUUGUGACCUAUGAAUAUAUUUACGACAUACUUCUUGACUCCUUCGCAAAAUAGUUUACGCACUUUGUAUUCCAAUAUUAAAAAAAACUUGUCAAAAUU